GCUGCCUGCCUGAACCUUCCCCAGGGAACCCUCACCAGAGCAAUGGCAGAAAAGGUGAACAACUUCCCCCCACUGCCCAAGUUCAUCCCCCUGAAGCCCUGCUUCUACCAGAACUUUGCUGAUGAGAUCCCCAUCGAUUACCAGGCUCUGGUGAAGAGAAUCUACCAUGUGUGGAUCUUUUACUGCAUCACUCUGGUGGUGAACAUCAUUGCCUGCCUGGCCUGGUGGAUUGGAGGAGGCAAUGGAGUCAACUUUGGCUUGGCCAUCCUCUGGCUCAUCCUCUUCAGUCCCUGUGGCUACGUCUGCUGGUUCCGCCCUGCCUACAAAGCCUUCCGGUCAGACAGCUCCUUUAAUUUCAUGGCCUUUUUCUUCAUCUUUGGAGCCCAGUUCCUCCUCACAGUCCUGCAGACCAUUGGCUUCUCUGGCUGGGGAGCCUGUGGGUGGUUGGCAGCCAUUGGCUUCUUCAGCUCCAACGUGGCAGCUGCUGUGUUCAUGCUGUUCCCUGCCAUCAUGUUCACACUGUCAGCAGUGGCAAUGCUGAUCUGCAUUAUAAGGGUACACAAAAUCUACCGAGGAGGUGGUGGAAGCUUUCAGAAAGCUCAGGAUGAGUGGAACAGUGGCACAUGGAGGAACCCCCCCAGCAGGGAGGCUCAGUACAGCAAUUUUUCUGGGAACAGCCUGCCAGAGUACCCCACAGUGCCCAACUACCCCCCGGGAAACCAAUGGCCUUAAGCAGCCUCAGCUGCAAACUGCCUGGCUGCCCUUCUCUGGUUUCCUCUUGGGUUUUGGUUGGGUUUUGGGGUUUU